UUUCGACUCAUUGGCACUUCAUCUUGGUGUUCCUUUUAUAAAUUCUUCUCAUAUUGAAUUUUAUAGAUACGCGGCAUAAUGCUUCUACUUUUAAUCCUCUUUUUAUUCUGGUCCUUGAUGAAAAUUUCUUUUCUUAUUGCGAAAAAUGUUUUUAAGGUAAUCUGUUUUGACUCCUGUUUCUUAUGAGAGUAGCUGAUGUUGAUCUUUACCUUUAUUUUUUUUCUCUCUUUUGGUUAUGAUCUUUACUGGCCAGUUACUUCCCUGUGAAUGUUUUUACCUUUUUUUGGGUAUGUAUCGAAACACCAUGGAUACAUUUAUUGAGAUGAUGUUGCUGUGUUUCCAGAGAAUGGCUACAGCCACAUUUUAUAUAUCCUUGGGCUGCAUCCAGAACCACAAGAAUCAGAUUUGCUCCAAUUUGCAAAACUGGCCUGGGAAAUCUUCAUUGAGAGAGGGUUACAAAGGUUUUGGCAUAGAAAUUAGAUUACUUAGGAGGGGAGCUUGUUGCCAUGAUAGCUCCCAAGGCAUAAUUCAUGCAUCAUCCUCACAUUCUUCUGUUACUGAUCCACUGAGUACUCCCUAAAAGUUCUCAUACAUAUCGAACCGCAACUUUUGUCUGGCAAAAAUGUGAUGAUUGCAGCUCAUGGGAAUUCCUUGAGAUCAAUAAUUAUGUAUCUUGACAAGUUGACUUCUCACGAGGUAACCAAUCUGGAGCUUACUACUGGCAUUCCCAUGCUAUAUAUAUUUAAGGAAGGAAAGUUCAUCAGGAGAGGAAGUCCAACAGGACCUUCUGAGGCUGGUGUUUAUGCGUAUACUUUGAGCCUGGCUCGCUAUAGACAGAAGCUUGAUGAGAUGCUUAACUGAUACAUUUCAUCAAUAUUUGCAGUAAGCACUAUUUGAAGAGAAAUGUUUGCUUUGUCCAAAAUCUGCGCUUUGAAAAGCCGGAACUUUUUACCCAUAAGAAACUCUUAGCUAAUGUCUCUUCUCCUUUAUUAUUGGAAAGGAAAUUGAUCUUAAGGUCUUAAUUGUCGUCAAGCCAUACUUCUAAUCUCUCACAUUUUUACGGUGCUGUGAAGAACCGAAGCAUUUAAGUGAUG